UGUCAGAGGCUCCACGCUAGUGGGUAGAAGGGACAACUUCUGGCGGACAGCGUGGCCUUUGAAGGUGGACAGACUUGACUUUUCGCUAUGGGUAAACGGAGGAGCCGGAGCCAGAGCCAGCUGCUCAACACCCUGACGAAAAAGCAGAAGAAGCACCUUCGGGAUUUCGGCGAGGAGCAUCCCUUCUAUGACAGGGUUUCUGGAAAGGAAGCAAAACCACAGAUUUGUCAACUGUCAGAGAGUUCAGAUAGUUCAAAUUCUGAAAGUGAAGCAGACAGUGAACCAGAACAAGUUUCUGGGUACCACAAACUACUCGCCACAUUAAAGAAUGUUUCUGAAGAAGAGGAGGAGGAGGAAGAGGAGGAAGAAGAGGAAGAAGAAGGCAGUGCUUCAGAUGAGGCAGAAAUGAACAGUGAAGAUGGUGACAGUGAUGCCAGCGUGGAGGAAGAGACAGCAGCAGCUGAGAUGCAGGAAAGAGGUAAAGCCUUACCUGCUGACCCUGAGGGAAAAGAUGGGGACGAGCCACCCGGCACAUCACAACAGGAACCCCCGGAGGAGUUUACAGAUACAAAACAUGAGUCACUUUUCAGCCUGGAAACCAAUUUUCUCGAAGAGGAAAGUGGAGGCAGCUGUUCCCUGAAAGCAUCACAAGAUCCGUUUCUACAACAUGUGAACAAAGAACUGAAAGAAAAAGAAAUUCAGGCUGUUGCCACAAACCCCAAAACUGCCCACGAGCUAAAAUGGCCCGUUCUGGGUCAGCUUGUCUUUUCAUCCAAGUUUCAGAGUUUGGAGACAUUUAAACCUCCAAAGGACCUUGAUGUAAAAGCACUUCAUCUCCAGAAGCCUCUAGAAUCCACCUGGACCAAGACCAACAGCCAGUUUCUCUCUGGUCCCCAAAAAUCCACCAGCCCCUUCACACCCCUCCAGAAGGAGCUAUUCUUAAUCAUGAAUUCCUACCGGGACUUGUUCUACCCAGAACGGACUGCCCUGAAGAACGGGGAGGAGAUCCGCCACGUGUACUGCCUGCACGCGAUGAACCACGUGCUCAAAGCCAAUGCCCGGGUGCUUGGCAACAACAGCAGACGCCGAAGCCAGAAAUUUGGGGUGGGCGACGAUGAUGACUUCAGGGACCAAGGGCUAACAAGGCCUAAGGUGCUGAUAGUGGUCCCGUUCCGGGAAGCUGCUCUGCGGGUGGUGCAGCUCUUCAUCAGCCUCCUUGAGGGUGACAGCAAGAAGAAAAUAAUUGUGAGCAACAAAAAGAGGUUUAACAGAGAGUAUGGCUCAGAUCCUGAGGAGAGACCACCCAACCUGAAGAGGCCCGAGGAUUACGAAGCUGUGUUUGUUGGCAACAUCGACGACCACUUUAGGAUUGGUGUGGCAAUACUGCAGAGAAGCGUCCGGCUAUAUGCCCCCUUUUACUCCUCGGACAUCCUCAUCGCCUCCCCUCUGGGCCUGAGGACCAUCCUCGGUGCAGAAGGGGAGAAGAAGAGAGAUUUUGAUUUUUUGUCUUCUGUUGAGCUUCUCAUCAUCGAUCAAGCGGACAUCUACCUGAUGCAGAACUGGGAACAUGUCCUGCACUUGAUGAACCACAUGAACCUGCUGCCGCUGGACUCGCACGGGGUGGACUUCUCCCGAGUGCGGAUGUGGAGCCUCAAUAAUUGGUCCAAGUGCUAUCGCCAGACACUGCUGUUUGGGGCCCUGCAGGAUGCCCAGAUCAACUCCGUGUUCAACAGGUACUGCGUCAACGUGGAAGGCCAGGUGGCCGUGAGGAACGCCCCGAUGACAGGCUCGAUCAGCCACGUGCUGGUGCAGCUCCCACAUGUCUUCCAGAGGAUGGAAGCCGAAGACCUAGCUUCAGUGAUUGACACCAGGUUUCACUUCUUUGUGAACAAGAUUUUGCCUCAGUAUCGUGACGCAGUCAUGUCUCACUCGCUCAUCUAUGUCCCCUCCUACUUCGACUUUGUGCGUCUCCGAAAUUACUUCAAGAAGGAGGAACUGAACUUCACGCACAUCUGCGAGUACACCCAGAGGUCUGGCGUCUCCAGGGCCCGGCACUUCUUCCUUCAGGGAGAGAGGCAGUUUCUGCUCCUCACAGAGCGCUUCCAUUUCUACAAAAGGUACACCAUAAAAGGCAUCAGGAACCUGAUUUUCUACGAACUGCCGACCUAUCCCCACUUCUACAGUGAGGUCUGUAACAUGCUGAGAGCCAGCGCCGGGGGAGAGGAGGCCGCCUGGACCUGCACCGUGCUCUACUCCAAGUACGACGCCCAGAGGCUGGCCGCCGUGGUGGGUGCGGAGCGGGCCGCGCAGAUGCUGCGGUCCCAGAAGAACGUCCACCUCUUCAUCACCGGAGAGAGAUGAGGGUCUGGCGUGGUGGGUGAUGCCUGGUUCCGUGCCGCGUGGACCCAGUUCUGAUACCUCCGCAGGAGGAGGGCUGCUGCAGGGAAGGUGCGCCGGGCAGCGACACGUCCCCGAACAGUGCAGUGCAAACCAAACUUCGGUGACUCCCAUCCUGCAGCGGUCAGGAGGGAGUGGAUGGAAGGAACUCUGAGAAGUCGAUAAAGGAAACUUCUACUUGUGAAUUUUUUGUAAACCACAAUUUCAUUUAUUGUGAUUUUACCUAUAAGUUAUUAUACUUGGUAAAUUUGUUCAGAUUUGCCUAUUUCCUUUUGACACUUUCUUAAAGUAAAGCAUACAUAUUUUUGCUUGUGAGAGCUGAUGUGAGAAAUUGGAAUACUUCUUGCUGCUGAAUAUCAUCUUAAUUUUGGAUUGCACAGGUUUUAUAGAACUAUUUUUUCCCCAAACUUUUUAAAACUGUAAAUAUUCUAUUUUAAUUCAACGUAGAAGAGCACAUUCAUUCACUGAUUUUUCAAACUCACCAUAGUAAAUGUUUUAGAUAAAAUAC